AUGGACAGAAAAGUAGUCGUCAUUGGCGCCGGUGUUAUAGGUCUCAGCUGCGCUCUGAGCAUCCAGACACGUCUUGCUCAGCAGCAGCAGCAGCAACAGCAGCAAGGGGGGACCCGAUAUCAAGUCGUCAUUGUGGCCGCAGAGUUCCCCCAGGCCGUGGCAGGGGCGCCAUCCGACUCUCCGCCGUCAGUCAACUACGCAUCGAUGUGGGCUGGCGCCCACGUAAGGCCCAUCCCGGGGGACACGCCACAGCUGCGUUGCGAAGCGGCGUGGCUCAAAGACACAGUCCGGCACUUCGACCAAGGCUGUUCUGGCAGCCUGGCUCACCAGCCGCAGGCUUGGAUGCUCGGCGUCACGCGGUGCACGGGCCGGGAGUUUCUCGAGGCGCCGAGCGAGGCAUACCGGGCACAGACAAAGACCUCGUUCGAGGCAGAGACAGGGCUGACCGGCUACAGGCGGCUGUCCGGGUCGCGCCGAUGCGGCCACGAUACAUUCGAGCUGCCACUGGGCGUUGGCUUUGGCUUCGAGUACCAGACGUAUUGCAUAAAUCCGCCGGUAUAUUGUGCCAGCUUGCUGCGCAAGUUCCUAAGCGAGGGCGGCGUUGCGCUGGAAAGACGGCAGCUACAAAGCGUAGACGAGGCGUUCGACCUGUUCCCGGGCUCGUCGUCAUCAUUGUCAUCACAGGACACGGUAGACCUCGUCGUCAAUGCCAGUGGGACUGGGUUCGGCGACCCAGAGUGCUUUCCAACUCGGGGCCAGACAGUUCUGACCAGCUGGACGGGCAACGGAGAGACCGUCACGCGCCAGCACCGUGACGGGGCCUGGACGUUCAUCAUCCCCCGCUUCCUCGGGGGCGGGACUAUCGUAGGUGGCACCAAGGAGGUUCGAGACUGGCGGGUGGAGCCAGCUACGGGCAGGCGCGAUCAGCUGCUCGCGUCCGCCUCCGUGGCUCUGGGGAAUAAGGUCGUGGCGGAGGGUCUGGCGGGCUCGCGGGUCAUAAUGGAUGUCGUGGGCCGGAGGCCAACGCGGGAAGGCGGGAUGAGGAUCGAGGUUGAGCACCAGCCCAUGUUUGCGGCGGACACCCAGUCCGGGAAGAAGACCCGGCCUGUUGUCCAUGCGUAUGGUGCCGGCGGACGAGGCUUCGAGAUUAGUUGGGGUGUGGCAGACGAAGUGACGGCGCUCGUGAUGAGCACGUUGAAUAUUGAACAUGGACAACGCUUGGGAAAGGCCCGCUUUUAG